AUGGGAUUGAAAGUUGAACCUCAUCCCACUCCGUAUAAAGUUGCUUGGGUGAAUGUAGCAACCACGCCCAUAAGCCAUAGGUGUCUAGUCCUUAUCAAUAUUCCGGACUAUGAAGACAAAAUCUGGUAUGACGUCCUUCGUAUGGAUGUUGCCCACAUUCUAUUAGAAAUACCUUGGCUGUAUGAUCUUGAUGUCUUAGACAGUGGUAGAGCCAACACCUAUACUUUUAGGUGCAAUGGAAAGAAGAUUGUCUUGAGUCCUUCAGAGCCCAAGAAGGACAAACAAGACAAGGAAAAGAAAAGUUUGAAAAUAAAAGAGAAAGUUGGAAAUUCUUUGCAUGUUCUAAGAAAGAAACAAUUUGAGCAAAAGAGUAAGAAGACACAGAUUGUCUAUGUUGUGGUAACCAAGGAAAAUGACUCCUCUACUCUAGAACAUGAGACACCACAUGAAGUGUCACCUAUACUUUCUGAAUUUAGUGAUGUUAUCUCUGAACCUCUAAAUGAAUUACCCCCAAUGAGAGAUAUUUAG